GAAGACGAGGUUUUGAGCGAUUGGGUUUGCUUCUCAGUGUACCCAGAAACAGAAGCAGAAGGAGGAAGACGAUUAGAGAGUGAGAGAGAGAGAGGGAGGGAGGAUUGGCGAGUUAGGGUUUCGAAUUCAACUUACUGAGUCUUUGCAUUGUGUCGCCGGCUUUUUUCUUUCGCCGGAGAAAACUCUAGCUCCGAUCUCUCCUUCUUUUGUUUCCGAUAACGUAGCCGUUCGAAAGGUUCGGUUUUUCCGGCGAGAAGUAUGGGAAUUUUUGGUGAUUCUUAGGUGGGUUUAGUUUGGGGGAAUUCCUGAUUUUGACCUAAAGCUAAGGUCUCUACUCAAAAUUUUUCACUGGAUUUCGUGUCCUUUUCGAUUUUGCGUUGAGUAGAGCGAGCUUGAGUGUGUGUCAUUGUGUUUGAGAUUUGGGGUUGAUGUCUUUUUGAUAAACAAAAACCAAGAUAAAAUUUAUUCUUUUGAGAUUCUGAUAAUUAUCUUACCUUUAAAUAUUCUUUUGUGCUUUUCUGGGAGUGUAAUAUGUGAGAUGAUUUUGGCUGACAUUCAAUUUUGGGAAAUGGAUCUAGUCUAAGUACUUCAACUUGCUGAAUUGGGUUUGAUAUUUGAGAAAACCUUGGUAAAUUCACUGCUUCUGUUUGAUCACCGCUUGUGUCGUUUUUAUCAAAAGUGUUUUUUUAUUGAUUGCUAUUGAUAUCAAUAGGUUUGUUGGGUUGAAUUUAUUACUAUGCCCCAGUUUCCAAUUGAUUGCCUUUUGUUUAAUGAAAUGGAUUAUUUCCUAAUAUAGUGGUCACUGCAACAGGCAGGAACCACUGGCCAUUCCGUUUCUCAAUUUUUUUCGCCUCAUUCUUUCACAAAUCUUUGGCCUCCAAAAGAGCUUCAAUCUUUGCAACUCUUUAGCUCUGAAUCCCAAUCCGAAGUAUGGCUGUCUCUUUGACACGUUUGUCAUGGUGGUUGUGGGGUGGCAAGGAGAAAGAGCCCAAUUCUAGUGGCUCUCCACUGAAUUCAUCUUCUGAAUGGGGUUUUAAGGAGAGAGAGACUGUGAAGUUUUUUCCUUCAGUGAAGGGGACAAAGAUAGCUCCUUCUCACAGGAAGGUUAAGAGGAAAUGGCAGAGCAGGGAAGAGAGGAGGCUUGAUAGGGAGUAUGAUGUUGUGUUGGUGCCAUCUGAUGGUGAUGGCUGUUUGUCUGGCUCUGAAACUGAUGACUCUGAUUGGUCCAUUGGGUGGUUGGAGCCUCAUGGCUCUGAUUUUCUUCAGAGUGAUGAUGAUUUGGAUAAUAGUUUCGCUGUGCUGGUUCCUUGCUAUAGGAAGGAGGUGGAGAGUUCAAACAAGGAGCUUCUAAGUGCCAUCAAGAACCUUCCAAAUGAGUUUUCUUCCGCUGGCAAGAAUUACUUGGAACACUGGCUGGCUUCUAUUCAGAAUUUUGAAGCGUAGAAAACAAACAUCUAUUACUACGGACCUUUCUGAUAACCUUCUAGAAGUAGAGGAGCUAAAUAAUCCCUUAUCCAUCUAAUGCAUUUUUUGUACAUAGAAUCAUCUCCUCUUAUUGUAAAAGCUUAAAUUGAAAUGAAAAUCUUCAAUCUAGAAGAUUAUGUGAAUAGACUACUGGCUACCUAAUGUAAAUUAGUUCUACAAUGUUAUUCGGUUA